UUUCAAAUUAAGUGUUGAAUAUUUAGUCAUGACAUCCGAAGACCAUUCCGCCGAUAGUUUUAUUAAACGAGAGAAAAUUCCUGACACUGGUAGUUCAAGUAUACUAGGAAAUAAAACUAAUGAAAAGCGGAGUGUAGCUGUUCCAAGAAAACGGGUAUUAUUUGAAGCAAGUCAACUGCAAGGAAUAUCUGCAUCCCCACAAUGUUCAUCAGAGAAUAACUUUACUUAUUCAAAACAAAAGAUUUUGGCUGGUGAUUUUUCUUCUGUUCCAUCUGACACAUCUUCAGUGUGCAGUGUGAACAGUAGAGACAGCUCUCCAAGAAGAUCAAAGUCCUUCAAAUAUGUGCAAUCUCCACCCGACAGAAGUUAUGAAUGUGAAGACAGUGGUACUCCAUCAAGAAUUCUUUCAUCUUAUAGGAGUUAUAAACUUGAGAAUAGUGUCACUCCAAUAGAAUAUCCUAGUUCCUACAAGAACUAUCAACGCGACAAUAGUGGUACUCCGACAGGACAGAUGAAAAGGACGUAUUCUGGCAUAUCAAUCAAUAGUGAUGAUUCCCCCAAAAAUGACUAUGAAAAAUCCAUGCUUUUGAAAACUCCAGAUUCAGAGCCUAGAUACCAAGAGGUUAGACUCGCAUCCCAUCUAUGCAGGCGAAAGUCAUUUCCUGUUUCUAGAAGCUCUUCUGCCGAUACUAGAACAUCGACUGCAGAUCAAACUCCAUACAGUGCUAACGAGCCUUCAGAUGACAGAAAGAAACGCAUACGACUGCUUUUACCGCACUACCAACCUUGGACACUGCUGACACAUAAGUCAGAUAUAGGUUUCAUUGACACCCAUUGUCAUCUGGACUUUCUUUUCCAAAGACAAGAUUAUGAAGGAACCUAUGCUGAUUAUAGGAAAUCACAUAGUGACACCUUUCCCGAAAGUUAUGAAGGCUGUGUUGCAAUUUUCUGCAACCCUUACACAUUCCCUAAGAAAUAAUUGUACCAAAGAAAAGCAACAUGAAGUUUUUAGGCGGCAGCUGAAAAUUGCAAAGAAAAUUAGUUUGCCACUAGUCAUUCACUGCAGAGAAGCUAAUGAAGAUUGUAUGGAGAUUUUAAAAGAAGUUGUUCCAGAAGACUAUCAUAUUCACCUACAUUGCUUCACUGAUACGUGGACUUGGGCAGAAAAGUGGUUAGAUACUUUCCCAAACUUGUUUAUAGGAAUAACAAAUGUCGUAACCUUUCAAUCAGCUGAGUGUGUCCACGAAGUUGUCAAAAAUAUUCCUUUGAAUCGACUUCUCCUUGAAACAGAUGCACCAUAUUUUAUUCCUAAAGCUGUUUCAAAGAAAGUAAAAUGGUCCCAUCCUGGUUUAGCUCUUCAUGUUGCUGCACAAAUUGCUGCUUUGCGAGGCAUCCCGUUAAAUGACGUUUUAAAAUCGGUUAGGAGAAAUACAGAAAGAAUGUAUGGAAUAUAAUAAAUGUUGCUUUUUGUUAAAUUCGCUUUCUUGUUUUUUUUUUAGUUAAAAACUUAUUUCUCAUCAUUAAUAUUGGCUUUUAUUGCAGACUA